CCCGUCCCGCACCCCAACACACGCGAUACCCCCCUGCGACACAACGGAGGGAGAAAAAAAAGUAAAGCCCCGUCGAAAUAAAAAAAAGGGCAGUGUACUCGCCGGGCGGGCAAUGGGCAAGCAGCAGCAGCCGCCGCCGGCCGCGGUGAUGUCGGCGCCUCCCCCGGGCCGCCGGAAGCGGAAGAAGAAGGGCCGCCCCUCGCUCCUCGACCUCCAGAAGCGCAGCCUCCGCCUCCAGAAGCUGCAGGAGGAGCCACCGGCCCCGCCCCCGCCCCAGCAGCGCCGCCCCUCCACGCGCCGGAACCCCGCCGCCGACGAAGACUCCGGCGACGACGACCGCCGCGAGAAGAAGGUCCGCCUCGUCGUCGGCCUCCACGGCGGAUCAGCCAAGGGAGAAAAGACGAGGAUAGCGACGGAUGGGCGUGAAGAGCCGUCAGAUUCCGGUCCCACGACACCUCUGCCGGACAAAAAGUUAUUGGUCUUCAUCCUUGAUAGGCUACAGAAGAAAGACACAUAUGGUGUAUUCUCAGAGCCAGUUGAUCCAGAAGAGCUGCCCGAUUACCAUGAUAUUGUCAAGGACCCAAUGGAUUUUCAGACGGUUCGCAAGAAGCUUGAUAAGGGGGCUUAUACCAUCUUGGAGCAAUUUGAGGAUGAUGUGUUUUUGAUAACCUCAAAUGCGAUGUGCUACAACUCACCAGACACAAUAUACUAUCGACAGGCACGAGCAAUUCAAGAGGUUGCUAAGAAGGACUUUGAGAAUCUUAGGCAAGAUAGCGAUGCCAGUGAACCAGAGCCAGAACCAAAACCAAAACCAAAAGCAAAGCCGGAGCCAGAACCACUACCAGAGCAAGAACCAAAGCCACAACGUCGCAGAGGCAGGCCUCCAAAGAACUCCGCCAAACCAAACAUUGGGAGACCACCAGCAGAACGUGCUCCUCCUGAAUUUCCUGGUGCGGCACUCGCUACUGGUGGAAAUAGUGGACAUCAUGCACACUCAGGAUUCGAUCUACAAAGAAGAAUUGCAGAUGUACUGAAAGCUUCUUUUGCCAAUAGAAACAAUGAGCACAAUUGGUCUAGCGAGCGCAAAAUGGAAAGCAUUGAAGAUUACUCAGGGUCCGGGAGUAAAUGGUCAGGAAAAAUGGCGAAGAAGCCGCUUUUAGUAGAAGAAAGUCGCCGGAGCACAUAUUAUCAUCAUCAACCAUCCAGUUCAAUAUAUGAGCUGCCAGUGGCAACAUCAUACAACGGAACAAGGAAGAUUCUUGUACCAGUUGGGGUUCAGUGGCAGCAGUCCUAUUCCCGCAGUCUGGCACGUUUUGCUGCACAGCUUGGUUCUGCCGCUUGGGAAGUUGCAUCGAAGCGAAUUGAACAGGUCAUUCCUCCUGGAAUAACGUUUGGUCGCGGGUGGGUAGGAGAUUUUGAAACAUCAAACACAUUUCGGCCACCUGUACCAACUUCAUCUUCGACAGCAAUGAUGCCACCAAGCAGCACAGCAGCGUCGAGUGAACAGCAAACUGUUGAUGAUCCUGCCAGCAGAAGCCAUUCAGCAGGGCCUCCACACACUGCGUCAUGUGCUUCUACCGACACCGCUCAGAGGAUUGAUUCUCAAGCAUUACCAAGCCAGCAAUGUGGAUCAUUACCACAGGUUUCAAUAGACCGAGGUGAACAUGCUGUUGAGACGAAGAGCAGCCAUAAUGUUCAUGCACGGGCCGCCAUGCACCAAACUGUGAAUGGUUUUAAUGCUGUUCCAGGAUCAAACAUGUUUGCACCUACAGCACAGCUGGUUACGAGCCACAUGCAAACACAUACGGCUGAUUGACCAGAUUGGGCAGAUGCCCAAUGUCAUCAUGAGUAAUUCAACAUUUGGACGCAUGAUUCCAGUGACGGGUAUCGUAGGCGCCGAGCAAGGACUUAGCUGAAUCUUUCUGCUUUCUUGUCGGUCUUUUUCGAGUUGCUGGUGCUCUGCCGUGCCGUGAUCUGGUGUCAUCGUUGUGAUUCAAGUCUGUCGUGUAAUUGCUUAGUUACUUAGGAGUUAGGAUAGCAUGCAGAUUGCAGAAGUGUGUAGAGGGUAUUAUCAACAGCGGUAAUUAAGUCGCAGUCAUCAGAAAUUCGACAAACUCCGGUGUGUACAAACCUCAGGGGGGGACCAUCUGUAUAGAUUAUAUUCAGUGUUAUGAUAUGGUUGUCACAGUUUGUUCGUCA